AUGGAUCACAAGUCCUCAGACACGAGGCCCUCGGCAGCAUUCUUCUGCCCACAGAACAAACCACCAAAACCAAAUUAUCUCGACGUCAUUCGUCGUUAUCUACGUAGCAAUGCUACUCUUCAACCGUUCCGAACAGCUAUACUUGAGUCACUCUCCACAACAUGGAACAUUCUCGCAAAGACGAAUCCUGGCAUCGCGGCGAUGAUGCAAGGACCUCGAUACAUACAAUACUUCCAUGACUGGAUUGCUGCUACAGAGUCACCAUCAACAUCAACUGAGAUGCAAUGGAUGGAAACAAUGUCUGGAAUGAUCUCACUUCCUUUGCUCACAAUAAUGCAAGUUGUUCAAUACUUCCAAUAUCUCGAAACUCGACAGAUAAGUCACACACAAUUUGUUGAAGAAAUUAGAAUAGGUGGUGCUCAAGGCUAUUGUGGCGGAUUGUUGCCCGCAGCCGCGAUAGCAGCCUCCCGCGAUGAAGAGGAAGUUGUCAAGAAUGCGGGUAUUGCCUUGAGAUUGGCACUCUCCAUAGGUGCUUAUGCAGAGUUAGGGGAUGAUGAGAAUAUCCCUGGCCCGACAACGGUUGUGCUCCGGACAAAAUAUUCGGGGCAGGCGGAGGACAUAGUGUCCAGAUUUCCAGGAACUUAUGUAUCCGCUGUGACAGACCCAGAGACGAUAAGUAUUGUUGGGCCUGUGAAAGUUGUGGAGGAACUUCGAGCCUACGCCGAAGGCCAAGGCAUCAAAGCCACCAAAUUACACCUCAGAGGCAAAGUUCACAAUCCCGAAAAUGAGGAUUUGUGCCAAGAGCUCAGCAAUUUAUGCCAACUUUAUCCUGAUCUGUUGAUGCUCCCCUCUACAGCUUCGUUGCAGACCUCAUUACGGUCAAAUAAAAGUGGGAUGGAAUUGAGAAAUGCAGAUAACAGUCUUUCUCUGUCUAUCGAGGUGUUGGAAAAUACCUUAGCAAAUAAAUGCGAAUGGUACAUCCUGCUGAAUGGUAUGGCUGAAGAUCUUGAAAAAACUAGAAGUGCAGACAAGGAGCACACCUUCGCUCUUUUUGGUACAGGAAGAAAAAAUUGCAUUCCCACAACGCCAUUUGAAGAAAGACAACUGCGUAUCUCCAAAGUGGAUGUCGUGAACUAUGUCGAGAACCUUGACAUUCAGAGAGACGGACGGACACUGGAUCAGUAUCCCGAAAACGCCAUCGCUAUUGUUGGUGCUGGUUGCCGAUUGCCUGGCGCAAAUUCUAUCGACGAGCUUUGGGAAAUACUCAGUGCUGGAGCGUCGAGAGUCGAAAAGCUACGAUCAUCGCGAUUUGAUUUAUCAACGAUAUCUCGUGGCUCUGUAGGACCGGACGCCAAACAGGCCGCCAAGCGCGAGCUUUACGGUAACUUCCUCGAUGAUGUCGAAUCUUUUGAUAGCAACUUCUUCGGCAUCAGUCCUCGUGAGGCCACGUACAUGGACCCACAACAACGUUUACUGCUUGAAACUGCCUACGAAGCUUUAGAUGCUAGUGGAUAUUUGCGGACACAUUGUCGAGAUAACUUUGACAAUAUCGGUUGCUUUAUCGGCGCGAGCUAUACUGAGUACACGGAAAAUACCAGUUCUUAUAAUCCGACAGCUUAUACGGCCACCGGGACCAUCCGAGCUUUCCAAAGUGGGCGUAUUAGCUACCACUUUGGUUGGAGCGGGCCUUCUGAAGUAAUCGAUACCGCGUGCUCUGCAUCACUUGUCGCUGUCAACCGCGCCUGCAAAGCUAUCCAGUCUGGCGAAUGCCCCAUGGCUCUCGCCGGUGGCGUGAAUAUCAUUACUGGUGUUAACAACUACCUCGAUCUUGGUAAAGCAGGAUUUUUAAGCACUACAGGACAAUGCAAGCCGUUUGACGAGACUGCAGAUGGUUAUUGCCGUGCCGAUGGAGUUGGACUAGUGGCUUUAAAGUCUUUGCGUCAAGCAGUAGCUGAUGGGAAUAAUAUUCUUGGUGUUAUUAUGGGAGUUGGCACCAACCAGGGUGGCCUCUCUCCAGCAAUUACCGUUCCCUACUAUCGUGCUCAGGUCAGUCUGUUCAAGAACGUUCUUAACCAGUCCGGUCUCAAGUCUGGACAAAUUUCUUACGUUGAAGCACACGGCACUGGCACUCAGGUCGGUGAUCCAAUAGAAAUAUCCAGUGUCCGUGAGGUUUUCGGUGGUCCCGAUAGAAGCGAGUUUGUGAAUAUGGGCUCUUUGAAAGCCAAUGUUGGACAUAGUGAAACUGCCGCUGGAAUCGGUAGUUUGAUGAAAGUUCUUGCAAUGCUCAAGCACGGAAAGAUUCCUCCUCUAGCCGGAUUCAAGUCACUGAAUCCCAAAAUACCUGCUCUCGAACCCGACUACCUACGUAUCCCGACUGAACUUCAAGACUGGAAUGUGUCGUUUAGAGCAGCAUGUGUCAACAGUUACGGAGCUGCUGGUAGUAACUCAGCUUUGAUAUGUGGUGAGGCACCGGCACUUACAGCCAUGACUAGUGCAUCAUUUACAGAGAAAACUUGUCAUGAAACUAGUCAUCUACAGUAUCCGGUCCUCCUGAGCGCUGCGAACAAUGCUAGCCUUAAGGCUAAUGCUACCAAGCUUGCCUCAUACCUUCGGCACCAUAAGCUACGCGUUGCCGAUGUAGCUUACACUCUCUAUCAUCGCCGUAAACAUCACAAGGUGCAAUGGGCUGGCUUAGCAAAUGACGUUGAGCUCCUUGUUCAAUCACUAGAUGAAGUGGAGGGAGGCGUUGAAGUACCGGAUUCUUCCAAAUCUGUGGUCUUGGCUUUCUCCGGCCAGAGUAAGCAAACGAUUGGACUUGACCCGUCGUGGUACGUCAGUUUCUCACGUCUCCGACACUACAUCGACUUAUGCAACAACACGAUCAUGCGAUUGGGUUAUUCGGCAAUUCUGCCUGCGGUGUUUGCUACUGAUCCUGUCGAGGAUGUAGUUGCCCUACAAUGUGGAACUUUCGCAGUACAAUUUGCAUGUGCCAAGUGCUGGAUCGAUGCAGGAUUGGAUGUGAAGGCCGCCGUUGGCCACAGCUUCGGCGAAUUAACAGCUAUGGCUGUUACGGGAAUUUUGUCGCUUGAACAGGCCCUCAAUUUGGUAGCAGCACGGGCUUCCCUGAUGCAAACAAAAUGGGGUCCGGAAAGAGGCAACAUGCUUGCAAUUGAGGCCACUCUCGACACAACACGUCAUAUUAUUGAUGCUGUUAAUCAAAAUAUUGAGAUUGCUUGUUAUAAUGGUCAAAAGAGUCAUGUGCUUGUUGGAACUGAUAAAGACAUUGCUCAAGUCGAGCGCUUGAUUGCGACCGACAAUCAGUUCAAAGGAAUUCGUUAUACUCGAGUCAAGACGAGUCAUGGCUUUCACUCCGCCUUCACUGAACCAAUACUGCAAGAUCUUGAUGAAGUAGCCCAAAAGUUACAAUUUGGAGAACCUUCCUUCCCACUCGAAACAUGCACAGAAAGGCCUCUCAGUGAAGAUAACGAGGCUAUUCAGCCCAGCCGCAUUGUGGAGCAUACUCGUACACCUGUGUAUUUUGGAGAUGCAAUUUCAAGGUUAGAAGAACGUCUGGGGCCCUGCAUAUGGCUUGAGGCAGGUAGCGAUUCACCGAUUAUUCCCAUGGUGAAGAGGGCUACUCAGAACCCAUCUCAGCAUAUCUUCCUUGGGCUGAAGGCAAAGGACAUUGCUCGUCCAAUUGAUGUCAUAUCGCAAGCAACUCUAAGCCUGUGGCAAGAAGGAAUCUCCGUUUCUUGCUUCGAUGGAUUCUACUCUAACCCACCGGAUGGAAUCAAAUCCAAUGCUUUCAAUCACAUUUGGCUUCCGCCGUACCAAUUCCAACAUACUCGGCAUUGGUUACAAUACAUGGAUACGGUGACAGAAGAGCGUAAGACAUUCGAAGCAAAGCUUCGUUCAGCCAGUGCAGUCAGAACUGCCGUCAGCCAACCUCAAACUCCAGCAUUGAAACUGGUCACAGCGCGUAGACGGGAUUCGGAAUCUUGGUCAUCGCUUGAGUUUGCUAUCCAUAGUGAGACAAGCAGAUUUACGGAUAUUGUAUCUGCCCACGCAGUUCGUGACCGACCAUUAUGCCCAGCAUCAAUGUACAUGGAAUGUGUAGUUAUGGCAGCACAGAUGGUAGAGCCUAGUGUUUCUGUCAAGUCACUGUCCUUCCAAAAUCUUUCUUUCCAGGGAGCGCUAGGUAUUAACUACAAUCGGGAUGUUUCCCUACUUAUGGAAGGUGACGGCGAAUACUUGGCCUGGAAUUUCACAGUCCGCAGCACUGUCAAGGAUUCCAAGGGCAGGCCCACUACUCACGCCAAGGGACGAUUCAGUGUUACAUCUCAUAUCGACUUUCAGCUUUAUGAGCGAAUGCUCGCAGACCGAAUGAACGAGAUUCUAGUUCAUCCUCAGUCUGAAAGACUCAUGGCGGGCAGAGCAUACACACUCUUCUCCCGGGUGGUCAACUACGCUGUGACCUUGCGUGGCAUCUCAGAGAUCACCAUUCUCAACAACCGACAUGCAGUGGCGGAAGUGUGCCGGCCUAAGGUGUCCGUAAGCUCCAGCGAGAGUACCGCGGUCGGAGUUUGUGAUACAGUAACAUUGGACACAUUCAUCCAGGUCGUUGGUCUUUUGAUCAACAGCAGUGAAACUUGUCCUGUGGAUGAAGUUUUUAUUGCUACCGGUAUUGACAGCAUCAUAAUGCAAGAUUGUGACUUUUCCGACCCUCAACACGACACAUGGAAAGUUUACGCCAUGGCAAAUACACGCAGUGAAGGACAUGUUGCUGGUGACAUGUUUGUUUUUACAAAAGACGGCAAACUGAUAUUCACUGGUUCGGGUGUCCAGUUCAGUCGUUUCCCUAUUUCCAAGCUUGAAAAAGUGUUGGAAGGCAUCGGAAUGGGCGCCCCCAAAUCACCGGUCGAGAAUAGUAGUAUCAGAAGGGGAGUGUCUGCUCCGUCGUCCCCUACGGCUCAUGUUAAUACAAAUUUCCAUACAAAACCCCCCGCCAACAGACAUGGAUUGAGAGUCAGUACGGCUGUUGAGUUCGAUGAGCAGACUCUUGUAGCACAGGACAGUGCUUCAAGACGACCUUCCACCUUCAAAUCAGCCAUGAUCAACAACGAUGGUGACUUAGGUACUCUGGGGCUAGAUUCACUCUCCAAGCUUGAGUUUGUGAACCAACUACGUGCUCAAGUGGGCAACGAAAUCUCCCCAACACAAGAUCUUUCCCAGAUAGCAGAUCUUUAUAACAAGCUAUUUUCGCAUGAUUCAACGGCAAAUAACAAAUCUGUACACAUCGAUCACGUUCACGAAAUUGAACUCGAUGGUCCAGCCUCUCCCACAGCAGUUAACUCUCCAGUCACGGCAGGAGACUCGCAAUCCAAUCUAAGAAUCAGGCAACGGAUCCUCGAAUUAAUUACAGAAAACUCUGGAGAGUCUGUAAGCAACAUCAAAGAUGAAGUGAGCUUACAAGACAUUGGAAUCGACUCGCUCUCGGUUAUUGAACUAAGGGAGUCUUUUGAGGAUGCCUUCAGCCUCCAAUUUGGUGACUGGGACUUUGGACUACAUUUAACUGUUAGGGAACUUGUGAACUACGUCUUUGUGGCCGGCAAUGUGUAG